GCGACAUCGUACAUUCCAUUGACACGCGUGAAGCGUUGGUGUUCACGAACACACUACACCACACCACACCACGACAAGCUCAAGUAAAGCAGAACACGCCCUCACACAGAAGCCACUAGUUAGUGUACAUCAGUCCUUCACCCCCCCUUUCGUCACACAUUCACAGCCGCGCGGCCUACGAUCACGAUUUCAUUCAUUCAACCAGUGACCGCAUCGCCUUGCAUCGCCUUCCAUGAUUCAUUCAUUCCAUGUCAUCCACAGACAUCCCCCUGGCCACCUCCCCACUGGCACUGCGCCGCAUCUCCUCACGGUCACCGUACAAACUCCGCGGUGCCGCCACCGUCACUUGACCAAAUGCAGGACCGGCAAACCCCUCACCCCCAGGCCCGCACGAUGGACCCUGCUGCUGCCUCUGGGGCGCCUGAGGAGGGGCGAUGAUGACCGGUGGCACCGACGGGAACACAAACGAGCCCGCUAAAGCUCCCGGCGACAUAGGAGGUAAUGGAGGGGAGGAUGGAGCCGCCACGGGGGCCGGGGGGAGGGGAAUGGCAAUGGACGGGGGUGACAGGAUGGCCGCAGGCAAAGGAUCGACUGGCAAGGGGGGCAGGGUGGGCUGGGGGGGAAGCAGGCGAUCCCGCGACACGCGCCGACGGAUGGGCUGUUGCUGCCGCUCCUCCGAGCUGUUGCUGCGCAUAGGCAUGUCGCCCCAGUUGAACGCGUCACUCGGCAGCUCGGUCUCCAUGUCGGCGUCCCUCUUGUUGCCAUUGUUGCCGUUGGUGGCACGGCCCGCCAGCACCUCCUCAGGUGGCGUGUAAGGGAUGAUCUGGAGCAUCUCGUAGCCCUCGCCACUGCCCUUCUUCAGAGCCGCCUGAAAGGCCCGAUGCAGCUGUUCGUGCAGCGGCCCAGGGAGCGGCGCCCGAGGCCGCAUCGACGAGGGCCCUGGCCGGCUCAUUAGGCAUUCCUUGAGGGAUUCCUCGUUCUCGACCUCAGCGAUAAGGGACUCCAUGGAGCGCGAGCUGCUGUGGGGGAUGAUAGCACGCGACUGGCGCCUGUCGUCUUCUGCCGCGUCCGUCAUGGCCGCAUCCCCACUGCCCUCCUCCGACCGCUGCGAGAACAGAGAGCUGGUCCGGUCGACGCCAUCAGUGCGAUAAAGAGGCGUCGGCGCGUCAUCUGUCGCCUCGUCGCCAUUGGUCCGCAUAGCCUCCUCGUCUUGCUGCAUGUGUGCAGAGGGUGGGACGGCCGAGCUGACAUCGGUGUACUGCUCCAGCCGCAGCCGCUUGGCAAGGUUGCUGGCGAGCGCGGCUUCUUCGGACGAUUGGUUGAGGUCGACGAGUAGGCGAGUGCGCUUCGCCAUAGUGGGACUGAUGCCACCUGUGCCGCUGGUUAAGCCUCGACGAUGGCCACUCAUUGACGGCAGCGGAUGAAAACGACAAUGCCGUGCUGUGGUCCUCCUCCUUCUCCCUUCCCUUCUCC